AUGGAUAUAAAUAAUACGGGAGAAAUAAAAGAUGGCGAACCUGUUCGACCCCUUGUAGCCGUGGAAGCGCCACCUAUACUUGAAGUGUCAAAACAAAAGCUUGAUGGAAAUUUCAAAAAGAAAAGGAGACGCGGGAAAUCUAAACGUAAAAUUAUGAAACCUUUUUCUAAAAUUCCUUGGCAGGACCGAAGAAAGAAUGAUCAAUCUAAAAGAAUUAACAGAUUUCGUAAGAUCGUUUUGGCUAAAACUCAAGCACCUUUUAACAACAAUCAAUUUCUUAUGGAAAUUCAUAAACCGGAACCUGAGAACAAUUUUCAUAAUUUAAGAACACCAUCAGCUCGCACUCGAGAUUCCAGCUUUAGCGUAGAUUCCGAAGACAAUUAUUUUUUUUCACUGCCAGAAGACGAAGAGGAGUAUCUGACAAAAGAAUUUUCCAGCGUGUAUGAAGAUGCUCAGAGUGAACGUUUGUCCAAUAUGUCGAAAAACGAGCUAAUUGAAGAAUAUAUUUUACUAGAAGCUAAAUAUGAUAAUGUUGUUAAAAGAACAGAACGGUCGAAAGUUAAGGAAAGUGAGUUCGAAAAUUCUACAUUGACAGAUAGAGAUACAUCUGUAACGGACAAAGACAGUAUGGUCACUGAUCGAGAUACCUCUGAGACUUCUGUUACUGGAUCAAUGGAUGAGUCUUCCGUGGCGGAAUUACUGCAACAACUUAAAGAGCAAGCAGAUCAGAUUCGUGAGCUUCAGAUAGCUAAUGAGAAGUUGAGGGCAGAAAAUGAACACUUGCGCCGUCAAACACAGAGUUCUAGUGAAGAUUCAGAGAGUGACAGUUCUUCCAGUUCAGAUAGUGCCAGUAGUUCUAGUAGGUGCAAUAGCUCUCACGAUGAAGCACCAGCAAAUUGUGAACAUUUACCGAAUGGAAUUGAAGUUGAAACAAAUGGUGAACAUGAUACAGCAGAUGUGCAUACAGCUUACCCUCUUGUCAAUGGUUUCCACACUUCAACAGAA